AUGGCACACGGCUGUUUUUACCGAUUGGCCGCAAAUGCGUCAGCGCUCCAAUACCUGCCUCAGGUUGGCCUUGACGCGCGUGCAACUAUUCUCUCCAGCAAUUCACGAACAGUAAUCACACAGACCUUUGUGAACCCUUCUUCUACAGAAGCAAUCUCCGAAGUCUUCUACUCGUUCCCCCUGUAUGAAAGCUCCAGUAUCGUCGGCUUCACUUGCCACCUGGGUGAUACGGUGAUUGAAGGAAUAGUCAAGCCAAAAGAAAAGGCAAAUGAGAUAUAUGAAGAAGCAAAGUCUAAGGGAAAAACCGCUGCUAUUCUCGAUCGGUCGGUUAGUGCCGCCGAUGUCUUCAGCACACGCCUAGGAAAUGUCCCAGCUGGGGGUACCGUUCUCGUCGAGAUUACUCUCAUCCAAGAACUGAUUCAGGAUGCCAAGACAGAUGGUGUUCGAUACACGAUCCCCGCCACUAUCGGCCCUCGGUAUGGAACUGGGGUUGGGGUUCCGCAUCCGCCCGAAGGACUUCUGGAAAAAACAGCAAUAAAGGUGGACGUUGUCAUGGAGAAGGGGUCUAAGAUCCGCAAUAUACGGUCACCAAGCCAUCCAAUCGAGGUGGACUUGGGCCGGACAGCUGAUAUGCCGGAGUCAACCUUCGAGUCGAACUAUGCCUCAAUCAAACUUCGUGAGAAUGUGACAAUUGACAAGGAUUUUGUUAUCACCGUCAACGCGGACAAGCAGGAUCUCCCAUUUGCUUUCCUAGAGACACACCCUACAUUGCCAAAUCAGAAGGCACUAAUGGUCUCCCUGGUACCAAAGUUCACUCUGCCACCGGAUGCAUCUGAAAUCGUGUUCGUCAUUGAUCGUAGUGGAAGUAUGAUGCCUAAGACCCGAGUUCUACGUUCUGCCCUUGAGCUGUUUCUGAAGUCGUUGCCGUUGGGUGUACCUUUCAACUUAAUUUCGUUUGGCUCCUCAUCUGAAGCUCUCUGGGCUCGAAGUAAAGUGAGUACCAGAGAGAGCCUAGAAGAGGCUCUUCGGUAUACCAAGAGGAUUCGGGCCGAUCUAGGUGGAACUGAAAUCAUGUGCGGCCUCGAACGAGCUGUAGAGCAGCGCUACCAGGACAAGGUCCUUGAAGUGUUGGUCCUCACUGAUGGUGAGGUUUGGAACCAGUCUGAGGUCUUCGAUCUGGUCAAUAAGGCCAACCAGGAGCAUUCCGCUCGGUUCUUCACUCUCGGCUUGGGGGAUUCUGUUUCCCACUCUCUUAUUAAUGGUAUCUCCAGAGCGGGAAAGGGCUUUACCCAGACGGUCCUGAAUAAUGAGGACCUGAAUAAAACAGUGGUUCGAAUGCUGAAGGGUGCUUUGAUGCCUCGACUGCACAACAGCAGACUUGAUGUGGACGUUUCCAAUUUUUCAGUUGAAGAAGACUUCGUAAAGGUUGAACUUCCCGGUGAUGAUACAACGGACACGGAGCCCUCUCCAAAGAAAAUUUCCCUAUUCAAUCAAGAUCAUAAAGAAGGGGAAGGAAUUGGUGAUGUGUGUGAGCCACUGCCGAAAAUUGCUGUUCCUAGCAUUUUGCAAGCGCCACACGACCUUCCGGCUCUGUUCCCGUUCAUACGCUCCAAUAUCUACUUGCUUCUCUCACAAUCCAUUGGCUCGUUUCCGGAGACGAUCACCCUUCGUGCCAACAGCAAACACGGUCUUCUAGAGCUGGAGAUUCCCGUUCAAGAUAUUGGUAAGGGCCAGACUGUUCAUCAGCUCGCGGCCAAAAAGACGAUCACCGAGCUCGAGGAGUCCCGCGGCUGGAUAUACUCCGCAAAAAAUGCCGAAGGCGAGCUGAUUAAGACAAAAUGGGAGAGUCGGGUUGAUGAACUGGUGAAGACAGAAUGCGAGCGUCUGGGAGUGAGAUUCCAGGUCGCAGGGAAACACUGCUCAUUUGUCGCGGUGAGCGAUGAGGCCCCGGCUGAGCAUUAUGGUAAACCAAAACAUGCCGAGGGUUCACCCGAAAUUGUUGCAUCCGACGCCCUGCAGCCACCGCCCGCACCUUCAGGAUUUAACGCCCCAAAGCCCUCUGCAUUCAACCUGGAUUUGAGCGCAAUGGGCAGCCCAGACAUCCCGCAAAAUUUUGACUUCGACACAUUCCUCAAUCCCGAUAACGACACCGCUGGGUUCGAGCCGAAGAGCAAAAAGGCCAAAAGGUCCCAUACACCGCGUGGACCUAGCAUGCAGCAAUUGAGUUCCCAGAUAGUUACACCUUACGGGGCUACGUCGGCGGGUUACUCCCCUAUGUCCUCUGGUCCUACAGCUAUCCCCCUUGGUGGCUCAUGUAGUGGCUACUGUCCUCCUACAAGUCCAGGGUACUCACCUACGUCCCCAGGAUUUUUUUCUCCUACAAGCCCGCGGUACUCACCUACUUCCCCAGCACACGGUUCUCCUAUAAGCCCAAACUACUCACCUACUUCCCCAACAUACAAUGGACCUACAAGCCCAUGGUACUCAUCUGAGCCGCCAGAGGAAGACGAAGCAUCAACCCUCCCGUUAAAUAAGGUCAUCCAGCUCCAGAAUUUUGAAGGUUACUGGGAAAUGAGCGAUGAACUGUUGCUGGUCGUGAGCCUUGAUCCAAGCACUGCCCGGGUCAAGGUGCAAACCGACAUUGACUCCCUGGCGGGAACUGAGACGAAGGAGUUAUCUGCGGUUGAAAAAUGGUCGCGUUUGAUUGCUACAUCUCUGGUGUGUCGAUUUUUGGAGACAAGGGAAGCUGAGUCUCACGAUGUGUGGGAGUUGAUAAAGGUCAAAGCGGAUGGCUGGGUACAAGCUGAGAUUGCUGCCAUGGACACUACUGAUCGGGAACUGGUCACUAAGCUCAUAGAGCGGCUUGUCUCUCUGUUCUGA